ACACACCACUGAGCUGAUGCCUGCUGCCAGGCUCGAAUCCCGACCCAGGAGCACCUGCAAGAUUUGAAAGGCACCUCAAGAAUGAGAUGGAUUCACCGGAGAAACUGGAGAAGAACAAUUUAGUGGGCACCAACAAAAGCCGGCUUGGUGUGUGCGGCUGGAUCCUGUUUUUCCUUUCCUUCCUGCUGAUGCUCGUUACCUUCCCAAUCUCAGUAUGGAUGUGCUUGAAGAUCAUUAAGGAGUAUGAGCGCGCUGUUGUCUUCAGACUGGGACGCAUCCAAGCUGAUAAAGCCAAGGGACCAGGUUUGAUCCUGGUCCUGCCUUGCAUUGACGUGUUUGUCAAAGUAGAUCUUCGAACGGUUACUUGUAACAUUCCUCCACAAGAGAUCCUCACGAGAGACUCUGUGACCACCCAAGUGGAUGGAGUCGUCUAUUACAGAAUCUACAGCGCCGUCUCAGCCGUGGCCAAUGUGAACGAUGUUCACCAGGCCACGUUCCUGCUGGCUCAGACCACUCUGAGAAAUGUCUUAGGGACACAGACCUUGUCCCAGAUCUUGUCUGGGCGAGAAGAGAUCGCACAUAGCAUCCAGACCUUGCUUGAUGAUGCCACCGAGCUCUGGGGAAUCCGAGUGGCCCGGGUGGAAAUCAAAGAUGUCCGGAUUCCUGUGCAGCUGCAGAGGUCCAUGGCGGCUGAGGCUGAGGCUACCCGGGAAGCCAGAGCCAAGGUCCUUGCAGCAGAGGGAGAAAUGAAUGCUUCAAAGUCUCUGAAGUCAGCUUCCAUGGUGCUGGCAGAGUCCCCCGUCGCCCUCCAACUUCGGUACCUGCAGACCUUGACCACAGUGGCCACGGAGAAAAAUUCCACCAUUGUGUUUCCCUUGCCGAUGAACAUACUUGAGGGCAUUGGUGGCAUCAGCUAUGGCAACAAUAAGAAGGUCACUGCUAAAGCCUGAGGUCUUCCACGUAACAGCCUGCUACUUAGAAAGGCCUUUCUGUACCAUGGAGAAGUCAGCCAGUAGAGACCAAUGCACGCGCACACACACACACACACACACACACACACACACACACACACACACACACACUCAUGCACCAUGAAUAAAAUACGGUAACUCCACAGCUAGCAGAAUUCCCAGAGAGACAUAGAAGCUACACAAACAAAAACAAAAUCGAGAGCCAUGCACUGCUUUGAUUUUAAAGGCAUAACCAAUAUUCAAUAUUCAUAUAUAAUUAGUUAGUGGUUGUCCCUGACUAUCAACAGAGAAUCUCUCAGGGUGGGCGGAGACUCUAGGUGACUGAUAAGAACUUUAGAAUUUAAGCUGUGUUGGAGAAGGACCCUAGGUCAUUUGUAAAGAAAAAGCAGAUCCCACAUUUAUGAUAUGCAUUUGAUCCACUGUUCCAAUAAAACGACUUGCUUUAGUUCAAGUAAGAAAACGACUCAAGGCUGAAACUUAGGACGGAUUUGGAUGUAGAAAAUAAAAAACCGCUGCAGCAUAGCAGCAACACGGGGCAAAGGUACCAGGUCAGGCCCAGCUCUCUUGACACCCUGGAUGUCCUGUUAAAGUGCUGGCGUUCUCAGCACCCUCACACCUUUGUCAGGGCCAGAGGCACAGCAAGGCAGCCUAGCACAGGGUAAUUUGCUUACUAGUAAGACCUUCAGAGCCACUGGGGAGGUAGGUCUGUGAAUUGCAUGUUUUCACUCUGUAAGUCCCAAGAGCCAUAGUGAUUAAGGGCUGUUUGUAAUCUUUCCCCAGCUCAAACAACUUGUUGCAAAUAAAAAAAAAAAGGAAGUCAUAGAAAGUGAACAUGAUUUUUAAAAUUGCUUUAAUAGUGUUAGCAUUUUGUCUAGGCUCCGCCCCAGAGUUACCUGGCAAGAGCCAGGUGUGCCUGACUCACUAUAAAAGGGGCUGCUUGCUGCUUGCUGCUUGCCCCCUCUUGCCUUCUUGCUCCCGCUCUGGCCAGCCUCUCUACUCCUCUUCUCUCUCUCUCUCUCUCUCUCUCUCUCUCUCUCUCUCUCUCUCUCCCUCUCCCUCUCCCUCUCCCUCUCCCUCUCCCUCCCUCUCUCUCUCUCUCUCUCUCUCUCUCUCUCUCUCCCUCUCUCUCCCUUUCUCUGUCUCUACUGCUCUCUCAACUCCAUGCCCUGAAUAAACUCUAUCCUAUAUUA